AUGGAUGCCGUCGUCCUUUUCCGGAAUGUGGCAGAGACCUUCCCCGCCAAGAUAUCUUAUGAAAUCAUCUUCAAUUUCCAGCUCGACACCCUUGACAAGCUCGAGGUCGGCGCCCACGGCACGGGCGGCGAGAUGGGCCACGUCCUUGUCGACCCUCGGGCCGUCGACAACAUGGUACGCAUGGCUAUAUCUCAAGCAUUCGUACACCCAGAAGACUUUUCGCAAUCCGAGCUUGCUAAUUUGACGGGCGGCGACGAGCAAAAGAUCGACGCGCAACAUCUCUUAACCGCGGCGAAACGAGGCGAUAGAUUUUCCCUCAGGAUCGCCGAUGAAGCGGAUGUCCCGGUGUGCACUUGCGGCAACCUCGCCGAUCUGUGUUCUUACAGCUCGGGCCGCGGCGCGCUGCGCCAGGCACGGAGACUGGCGAGUAGCUUUGGCGUUGACGCGGCAGAUGUCACGGACGAGUGGCUGCAUCGGUGCAUCGCCAUGCGGCACCCACUCGCCGUUUGUGUCCUCGGCCAGGUCGUGCAGCCUCUGGCGCUGCGUAUACUGCAGCUUGCGGCGGACCUCGGCCUGGACAAGUUCAUCAUCACGGGCGGGUUCGUGACGAAGACGGCCAAAGGUGCGUUCCUGCCAGCGCUUCAGCAGCAGCUACGCCGCUUUGUGCGGACCACGGGGUUCUUCAGCGGCUGGACAGACGCAGACCUGACCAGCUUUGUGCGCAUUGGCUAUUCAGAUGACAACGACGGGCUGAUCGGCAUGAGCAACCUCAUUCGGCACCUGCAAGCUCAGCAUCUUGCCAUCGAGAAGCCCAUCGGCGCGGCGUCACUGGCCGUCGUAUCUCGCCCACGGCCUCGAUGUGGCGCUCUUGAGGUCCUCGCCAAGGUCCUCUAUGCUGGCAUCUGUUCAACUGAUCUCCAGAUCCUGAGUGGCGAAAGGGGUUUGGAACCUGUAAUUCUUGGUCAUGAAGGAGUCUGCCAGGUCGUCCACAUUGGUAGCCAUGUUCGGGGCUUGCAACCAGGGGACACCUUUGUUCUGUUGCCAAACAAUCCGCUUGAUGAUCAUGACAAGAUUGGCCACAAUCGCGAAGGCCUGUUUCAGGAGUACAUCAAGUUUGGCCAGGAGUUUAUCGAUCGUCGUCAGGUGCUCCCUCUCAGCACCUCGGCACCCACGGCAACCCAUACACUCAUCGAGCCUUUAUCGUGCGUCUUGGCCGCCCAAGAACUCAUCAAGAAUCGCAUAGCAGGCAAGAACAUACUCGUCGUCGGUGCAGGAGCACUAGGCCAGCUCUUCGCCAUUGUCAACUCCGGCAUCGCUGCCAACGUCUUUCUCGCCAACGGGUCCAGAGGACGACUCGACUCCGCCAUAUCACAUGGCAUCGUGAAGCCAGAGAACGCUUUUGUAGCGGACGAUAUUGCCACAAAGAUCCACCACGUUUCCCAGGGUGUUGGCGUUGACGUCGUCGUGGUCUGCGUCUCCUUGUGCGAGGGGAAGGCAGUAGCUCAAGAGGCGCUCAACUAG